AUGGGUAAUACUUUUUACAUCGUGAAACUGCUAAUAACAAUAUUCGCGUCUGUAAUUAUUGACAAAACAGGAAGGAAACCAUUAUUAUACUUUUCAACUGUUGGAAUAACUCUAAGUUUACUUUGUGCUGGAAUUUAUUCUUUUAUUGAAGAUGCCAAACAAGUGAACUUAACAAAUUAUGAAUGGAUACCUAUUGUAGCUCUAUUUGUAUUUAUUAUUACUUAUAGUAUAGGUAUGGGAACAGUUCCAUUUUUAAUGUUAGGAGAACUUAUGCCUACAAAUGUAAAAUCUCACUCAUUAUCACUUGUCAAUAGUUUUUAUUGUAUAGCCGGAACAUUAUCAACGUUAUUCUUUCAAAAACCAAUGAUAAUUGGUUUGGGUGUACCAUUUGUAUCUUUUGCAUUCUGUUCGAUUGUAACAUUAUUAUUUGUUGUAAUAUUUGUGCCUGAAACAAAAGGAAAAACUUUGGAAGAGAUUCAGGAAAGUAUGAAAGUGAAAUCAAAGCAAUCUAACGUAAUCUAAUCAUGUUUCAUUAAACAAUGACAUUUAAGUCAUUGAGAUUAUAUUUUUAUAAACAAAACAGCGAAACGGUAUGUAAUAUACACGAGAUAACGUUAGGAAUUACCAUGAUAAAUGAUAAUAAAUCAGGAAUUUGUGAUUAA